CAGCGGCCAGCGGCGCGGCGGCGGGCACAGCGAGCCAAGCGAGCCAUGGCAGGCGAGGAGCGCGAGUGGCGGAGCAGCAUCCUCUACAACAUGCUGCGGGGCUCCAAGCCCAAGCGCGAGGCUCGCGACGGCGACGGCGACGACCACGACGACGCCGACGAGCCCGGCGAGCGGCCCGAGAGCACUUGCUCGGGCUGCUCCUGCCGCAACGAGGAGCCCGCGGUGGGCGCGGAGGGCUUGCGGGGCUUGCCGCCCGACGCCUUCCUGUACCGCUGCUGCGAGUGCGGCGAGCAGCACCCGCGCCAGGGCAGCAUCCUCUACAACAUGCUGCUGAGGGCCAAGGAGAUGCAGGCGGCCGCGGCGGCGGCGGCGGCCGCGGCUCCACCCGCGGAGGCGGCGGCGGCGGCGGCGUCGGAGGAGUCCCCUUCGACUUCGUCGGCUGCCACUUCUUCCGUGGUGCCCCAGGCGCGCGUCGGGGGCCCCUGCUGGGGCUGCUCCUGCGGCAGCGCCGGGCCGCCCGUGAGCCGGGAGGGACUCCGGGCCGGCCGCUCCUCGGCGCGGGUGUACCGCUGCUGCUUCUGCGGCGAGGACCACCCGCGCCAGGGCAGCAUCCUCUACAGCCUGCUCACGGGCACCGUGCAGACGCACGUGGCCCCCGUGGCGCCCCGGGCGCGGCUGGCGAGCGCGUGGUGGGGCCGCUACUACUGCGCGCAGACACCGGGCUCCCGGUACGCGCUGCCCGGCGUGCAGGCGGGGGUGCUGCUGUACCCCUGCUACUUCUGCGGGGAAGACCACACGCGCCAGGGGGGCAUCCCCUACCACCUGCCCGUGGGCGCCGCGGGGCUGCCCCUGGCGCUGGCGGGCGACCCGCAGGGUAGGCGCUGGUGGGCCCCGGCCGGCUUCGCGCCCCGCCGGGUGACUCUGCAGAGUCCACAGGUGGUGUGCGAGGCCGCGUCGGCCGCCCUGCUGAAGACCAUCCGCUUCGUCAGGUACCUGCCCUGCUUCCAGGUGCUGCCCCUGGACCAGCAGCUGGUCCUGGUGCGCAGCAGCUGGGCGCUGCUGCUCAUGCUCGAGCUGGCCCAGGACCACCUGAACUUCGAGACGGUGGAGACGCCCGAGGGCAACCUGCUGCAGAAAAUCCUCGCCGCCAGGCGGCGGGAGACCGCAGGCGACGAGCCCGAGUCCCGGGAGGAGGAGGAGGACGACGACGACGACGAUGAGGAGGAGGAGGAGGAGGAAGAGGCGGCGGCGGCGGCGGUGGCAGUAGCGGCAGCGGCGGCUGAGCGCUCGCCCUCGGCCGCCGCAGCCGAAGUCCAGACCCUCAAGGGGUUUCUCACCAAGUGCUGGAGUCUCGGAAUCAGCACCAAGGAGUACGCGUACCUCAAGGGGAUCGUGCUGUUCAACCCGGACCUGCCAGGCCUGAACUGCGUGAAAUACAUUCAGGGACUUCAUUGGGGAACGCAGCAGAUCCUCAGUGAACACAUCCAGAUGACCUACGGGGAGCACCAUCCCAGAUUCUCUGAAUUGAACAGCACCCUGUUCCUGCUGAGGUUCAUCAGCGCUGAUGUCAUUGCUGAGCUGUUCCUCAGACCCAUCAUUGGCACAGUUAGCAUGGAUGAUAUGAUUCUGGAAAUGCUCUGUGCAAAGUUAUAAAAGCCUAGGGGCCAUACCAAUGUAGUUCAUUGUGCAAAAAAUAAAUAGCGCUUUGUGUAGAAGUGUGUAGCAUAGAAUAAACUCGCGUAUUUUUACAUGCAUAGUAUUUUUGUAAGGCAUAGAGGGAGAGCUCUAGUUACAGUGAAGAAAGCCUGCGUUCUAUAUUGUUUCAUUGUAUAAGGAAAAUGUUUGCUAACAGUGAACAGCUCUAUAGAUCUCUACUGAAAAUAGGAUACGGAACUGAUAGCUAUUUUCACAAGUUUGGUGAUUCUCGUGGACUUACUAAAACAAGUUUGUAAUACUUAGUUAUAAGAAAAUGUGCAUGUUUUAACCAUUAAAUUCAUCUGAGAAACACUUCAUCAAGCUAUACCUAAGAUUUCACAAACCAUUAAAAAUCAAGCCACCAUAAGAAAAUAUAAACAUUUUCUGUAUCAUUUUCUCUGUAGGUGAUAUCAUGUUAUUUGUUAAAGUAACCCAGUGUUGGCCAGGGGUGACUGCAUUUUUCUCUUGUGUUAACUCUGCUUUGGUUCCAACUAGUACAAUCUGUGAUCAAGAAGUCACCGGAAAGUGAAAAGGUGAUUUUCCAGUUUUCUGUACACAGCAAACUUCAAUAAAGUAACAUCUCCGGAAGCUCACUGUCAUAAUGAACU